AUGCAGAAAACACCAUUGACCACGGAACUCGACAUCCUAAUGGGCGAGACCACUGAAGACGAGAACGAGUCAAUCUCGAAAAACCAUCCUAAUAAUGCAAAUAAUUCAACCUCGGAUCUACAUCUCUCCCACCUCCCCACCACAACCCCCGACUCAAUCCAUCGAGUCGGCACCGUGAUACCAACCACAAAACCACAUAACCGAUCAUGGCUCCACGUGCAAGCCACCGUAUGGCGAUUCCUCAUGUCAAUAGGCAUGUUCCUCCACACCGUCGGCUGGUCGCGGCCUCCGCGACCCUCAUUUGUCCGGCGCAUCCCAUUCAGCACCCGCGGCCGAACGGUUGACCUAUACUUCUACUGUCCGGCAUCGUACUGGCAACACAAAAAGAAUAACCGUCGUCUCUCUUCGCAAGUCUCUCAACACCGUCCCUACCCUGUGGUCGUAAACUUCCACGGCGGUGGUUUCACCCUCGGAAGAGCAACGGAUGAUUCCUUUUGGGCGAAAUGCAUCCUCAAAGAAACAGACGCUGUCUUCGUCAGCGUCGAAUAUAGACUUGCCCCCGAACACCCCUUCCCCGCGGCAGUGGACGACGGCGUCGAAGCACUUUUAUAUCUCGCCGCGCAUGCAGGCGAACUCGGAAUCGACGCAUCGCGCAUCGUACUCACGGGUUUCUCCUCAGGCGCAAACCUCGCCAUAACCGUUCCUCUACGUCUGCAACAACGCAUCAAGAACGAAGCGGGAAGCGACAUAAUCAAUAUCGAACCGUUUGAGUCCACCCAACACCUCGUCGGGAAUCAGGGCAAUCUCCAAAUCGUAGCGACAUUUGCCUGGUACCCACUCCUCGACUUUGUGGCUUCCCGAGCCCAUCGUCGUGCCAUGAGCGUUAUACCCGGUAAAACCAUGCCGUCUUUCUUCACAACGCUAUUCGAUGAAUCAUACCUCCCCAACCACGCCGAGCGUUUCUCACCAUUCGCAUCCCCCGAACGCGCACCGGAUGAAAUGCUCAGCGAAGGGUUGCCGCACGACAUAUUCCUGUACACCUGUGAAUGGGAUAUGUUACUCCAAGAAGGACAAAGAUUCGUACGCCGAUUGGAAGAUAUGGGGAAGAAAGUUCGCGCAAUGAUGGUGGAGAAAGUGCCGCAUGCAUGGGACAAAAGUCCCAAUCCGUUUAGGGAUCAGGAGCAGAUUAAUGUUUUUUACAAGGCGGCUUGGGCCUUCGCAUUCGUUUGA